CCUUGUGAGCACCUGCUGUCAGAAUCGCCGUUUACCUUUGCAACAUUGGUCAGAGACAACAGCCAUUUUAGUACCAAACGAAGAGAAGUCGGCUGCAACAUGAUUGGAAAAAUAUUUGCGCAUCUCCUUGGCAACAUGGAGGGGGGAGAACUUACUGACACCAAUGCUGUUGAGAAUGAGAACUGUGAGGAUCUCCUUGAGUUUGAGGAUGGGGAAUGGGUCAUAAUUAAUGUUCAUGACAACCGUUCCUUUACCUCUGUAGAGGUGGACCCACUGGAGAACCUGCUGAUUGAACACCCCAGUAUGUCUGUCUACCAGAUGCGUCAUCAGGGAAAUGAGGAGGAAGACCUCAGCUCAGAUGAGGAAGAGGUUGACUCUAACAGGCCCGUGUCAGUCAGACGGCAUGUGUCUUGGAGACUGGCCGCAUGGGGCAUCCCUGUGCCAUGCAGUGAUCACCUGCUCUCUGCACAGCGUGCCAGAGUCAACGCAGAUCGCAGAAAACUGACCCGCUGUGCCCUCCACAGGCAAAACCUGUCCAAAAUACGCCAUUUGCCCUCUGAACGCCGUUAUGGUCACUACAAACAGCCAAGCCAACGUCUUUACAACUACUGAGGAUUCUUGGUCCUCCACGCCUUUAUGCCACUACUAUCUACUGCCGAUGAAAAUGCUGAUCUGAGGCUGCAGCCUGACCAGAGAGGGAAUGCCAAAUGGGACAAGACACCACUAGCUCUGAAGAGUGAAAGUGAAAUAUGUUGAAAUGUUAUACCACUAUAGGGAGGACAGUGUUGUGUUUGAGUGUGUCAAAAGCAAGAAAAAAAAAAAAACAAAAAGCAAAAAAUAACUGUUUGGUAGAAUAUUAAAAUAGAACUGUUGUGUGAAGCAGUGCAGAGGAAACAAGAGCAUACUUGUAGUUGUAGCUUAGGCACAUUGCAGCUUUUGAAAUAGCAUUCUCUCAUUUUAUACAGGACACUGCAGGGGGUAUGUGGCUUUGUCUGCUUUGCCGUAGAUGAGACCAUUAACAGAGUAGGUGCUUAGCUUGAUCUUCAUCUUUGUUUUAUUUCAUUGUGCCUCAACAUUUUUUCUACACGUCAAGAAUUUCAUAGUGAAAACGGAUAUCGGUAUGAUAAUAUGUUUGUGUCUGAAGAAUUUUUGCAUCAUUGAACGAAAAACUGUCUGUGAGAACUCAAAAUGUAUUUCCAAGGCCACUGUGGCUGGGAUUCAUCGUGUUUUUGAUACUUGUCACACACUGAAAGCCCAAACACAUUUGUUAUCAUUCUGGGCUCUUGCAUUUCAAAAUGUAGCUUGUAAAUAUUGCUUAAUGAUGCUAGUUUUUGUAUAUUUGAGUACACGUAUUUCCUAAAACAUCUUAAAAA